AUGAGGAAACUUUUGACAUUCUCCCUUCCCCUCCUCUUAUUUCUCCUCUCUACCACCACCACCCGGACCGCCGCCCAAUCUCCGGCGGCUGCCCCGUCUCCUCCUCCCCCCACCAACCUCACCGCCAUCCUCGAAAAAUCCGGCCAAUACUCAAUGUUCAUCCGCCUCCUACAGACCACGAAAGUUGCGGAUCAAAUUGACACGCAGCUCAACAACUCGAAAAACCAAGGGAUGACUCUCUUCGCCCCCACCGACUCGGCCUUCUCGAGCCUCAAACCAGGAAUUCUCAACUCGUUCACCGACCAGCAAAAAGUCGAGCUCGUCCAGUUCCAUAUCGUGCCCCGCCAACUGUCGUUGCCCGAGUUCCAGACCGCGACCAACCCGCUGAUGACACAGGCUGGCGGCAGACAGGGCUCGUUCGACCUCAACGUGACGACCUCGGGAAGUACGGUGAACGUCACGACAGGUGUCACUAAUGCCACGGUGGCGAACACGGUGUACACGGAUGGACAGCUGGCGGUGUACCAGGUGGACCGGGUUUUGCUGCCGCUGGCGUUUUUUCAGAGCCCGGCUCCGGCGCCCGCACCAGCUAGGCACAAGAAGGAUGCACGGUCAGCGGAUGCACAGUCAGACGAUGCACCGGCAGCAGAUUCGUCUAGUGGGGCCCGCGUGGCGGUCCAGGUGGCAGCAUUUGUUGGCAUUGUCUCGGUGAAUUUGGUUAUAUAA